GUUAUACGAAUUCAAGUAGACAGGAGAAAACAGAAACAGGUUCCGUCAGAGUUCAUCCUCGACUUGUAAUUGCAGCCUUGGGUGGAGUCUUUCUCCGGAGCAGGAAUGUAACGUACCGCUGCCACUUACGGUACAGAAGGGGCAAAGAAGAAGGGAUUAUAGGAGGGGAAAAGUAGCGAAACUGCGGUGGAAAGGAUAGCAUUAGCUAUCAUUGCACACCUGACGGCUGAAUCCACCCCCCCUCCCCUGACCUCCACCCUGUGCUAGUCCUGCCAUGGCCCACCGCUCACAGAGCUCUUCCCUGGGGGACAACCCCCUGGACCCCAAUUAUCUGCCCCCUCACUACCGUGAGGAGUACCGGCUGGCCAUCGAUGCGCUCGUGGAGGAUGGCCUGGAGGGAUAUUAUGAGUUCCUGCAGGGUGCGGGCGUGGUCGACUUCCUGUCUCAGACAGAAAUUGAGCACAUUAAGGGUACAGUGCAGGUCCCACACUCUAGCCUGCUGCCGGAACUGCCCUACCAAGAGGUUGAACCCGAUGGCUCCUCGGACACCUAUUGGCCGGUCCACUCUGACCUGGACGCACCAGGCCUGGAUCUGGGCUGGCCCAGCCACCACAGCUUCAUCGGCCCCACGGAGGUCACUACUCUCGUCAACCCCUCUGACCCGGACAUGCCCAGCAUCAAGGAGCAGGCCCGUCGGCUCAUCAAGAAUGCCCAACAGGUCAUUGCCAUCGUUAUGGACAUGUUCACAGAUGUUGACAUCUUCUCAGAUCUUCUGAAUGCAACCACACGGCGUGUUCCUGUCUACAUACUGCUGGAUGAACAGAACACCCAUCAUUUUGCAGCCAUGGUCACCAGCUGCAAAGUGAAUCUAGAUAUGGUCCCAUUAAUGCGAGUGCGGACUGUGUCAGGCACCACCUAUUUCUGCCGCACUGGGAAAUCAUUCAAGGGUCAAGUGAUGGACCGCUUCCUGUUGGCAGACUGCAAAGCUGUCCUCAGUGGCAACUACAGCUUUAUGUGGUCUUUUGAGAAGAUCCACCGCUGCAUCGCACACCUGUUCCUUGGGGAGCUGGUGACCACAUUCGAUGAGGAGUUCCGGAUCCUGUACGCUCAGUCUCAUCCACUGGUCAUGGAAAACGCUCUGGUGCCAGUCGGUUCCAGGGACGCCAGCAGUUUUAGCAGUAACCAAUUUGGCUUUAAAAGGACCCAGUCCCUCAGGAACCUUAGAGGACCCCGUCACACCGAGCUGGCAGGGUACUCCUUUGGAGACCGUAUGGACAUUGAUCGUAAUGUGCUCCCCUUGAGGAGAGACGAUCCCUUCCGCCACUCCUUAGAACCUGGCGCAAUGCAGCUCUCCAGUACUAAAUAUUCCUCCCAACAGUUCAGAACGGAGAGAUCUUACCUCGAUCAGGGCAGGAACCUGAUGGCCUCCAGACAGAUGGAAAUUAAUGCCUACAAAAGACAUAGCUAUGCGGAGGGGACCCAGGAGAACUAUGCCUCCUCGCGGCAGUUCAUGAGGCACCGACUCAUGAACAACCUGGAUGAGGUGGAGAACCAGAGCUACUUCCAAAGAGAGCAGCAUUUCUACCAGGGAGGAGGGUCAGGAUCAGCACAAGGUCUCUAUGACAAAAUCAAGAGCUCAAGUUACCACCAGACAGAUGAGUACUCUGACUCGGGGUACCCGCCUGAGCUAGAGCCACCUGGCAUGUACAACCGUGCAGUAGAUUACUUGUCGUCCAGUUCCUCCAAGGACAUAAAACAUGACUUUGGGGCUGGGCAGGCCACGGAAGGAGGGGGUCGCUACAAUCAGACCAACCCAAAAAGGCCGAGCGUUGGCCAGCCGUAUGCCUGCCAGAGUUCCCCCACGCAGCUGCAUCCCCCUGAAAACAAGCGGCUGUGUGGUGCGGAUGAUUCAGACCGGCAUCAGCAGGACCCUGAUGUGAAGCAGGGGCUGCGGAACUGGAGAAUCAGCUCCUUCCUCAGUGCCUUUGAGGAUGCAGGAGAAGAGGGCCUGCCACUGACUCUAGGACCUGAUGCCUUUGACGAGCCCCAACAGCCUCCAGAGGGGAAAUUCCUUGGCCCAGAAUCUUCAGUGCCCAGGUUCACCACCAGAGACCUUCCAAAGAUUCCCAGCAAGCCAGAUCUGCUUCCACGCUAUGGCAAGCCACUCCUGCCCGGGCCAACAAAGGAACCACUGUCCAGGGACCUGGGCUCUACAGCAACUGACGCUAAACUGUCACUGCUGACUGCUUCCAGGUCAUUGAGUACCACAGAAGGGGACAAGCUAGAGGAGAUGGAGGUCAGGGAGCCCAGAGAGAUCAGUAUAACCAAGCAUGAGUCCUUCCGCAACAGGUUAAACCCCAUGCUGCAGAGGAGCUCCAGGCUGAGGUCUUCCCUAAUCUUCAGUUCUUCCAAGCUGGAGGAGCACAGCUCUGCAGCAAUGAAAUCAGGCCCAGGGCUGAAUGAGGAUGAGGACAGCGACCGUUUAAAAACCUCUUCCAUUGUUGCUCAGAUUUUGGAGAAGAGGAGAUCCAUAUCAAGAGAGCCAUUUGAGUGGCGCAGUCACAAGAAGAUGGAGAUAAAAGACCCUUCCACUGUCGAGGUGCCCGAACCAAAGGGGCCUGCCGAAGUUACAAGUGAUAAAGCGGCCCAAAAGGAACCCACACCUGAGGUGCCCAAGGAUGAACCCAAGGUCACAGCACCAGCAGACCCUCCAAAACCCACACCAAGCACCACCACCUCUUCUGUGAACAUGAACGACCCUGAGAGUAGACUCUUAUAUUUUAAAGAAUUAGCUGAAAAACGGAAAGCUUCAAAAAUGGCAGUGGAGUCUGCUGUCAGAAGCCCAGAACCUAUUCCAAAAAAGCCUGAGCUUUCAGAGACUCCAUCUGACACAACCAUCACAAAGUCAACCAUGUCCAUCACACCAGCAGAACCUGCUUCCGAAAAGAUACAACCAGCACCACCUCAGCCUGUGCCCAGUACCCCGAUAAUCACAAUAAAACCACCUGAACCUGAAGUCAAAGAGCAGGACUCCCAGACCACAGUACAGAAGGAGACAAAGCCUGUCAUUGAGGUACAGAAAAAAGAACCUCCACCGCCAAAAGCACAAAAGCCACUUCCUUCACCAAAGAACUUCAAAAAGGAAAUAUUGAAACCUUUCAAGAGCAGUCACUCCCGCCACGUCUCCUGUGGAGAGGAGAUCUUCACAGAUGCCACUGAUGCUGAGAAGAGUGAGCUGAAGAAGUCUCGCAGUAACAGCUCCUCUGGCACAAUCCGUCUUGAGACAGGCGAGAAGCUGCAGAAGAGACACGGGUCCAAUACCUCCCUCAACCAGUCAGAGGGUGGUGGGGAUGGCAAAGCUUUGGAGUUUCUCAAGAAGCAAACUCAGAGGCUGAAGGGAUUUCUUGGGCCAAAAGGAGAUAAGAAAGCAGGAAGUGCGGCAACUGCCGAAGACAAGGGAACUACGCAGGCUAUGAGUACGGUCCCAGAGGCAUCCGAGGAGUCUGCUCCCAGAACACGUACAGGAUCCCAAAGCUCUGCAAAGGCGUCACUGACAGACAGCAGUGCCACAACGACAGAGAUCAAGGGAGAAAAAUCGAGCCACAAGCCAACAUCCAAACCCAGUCCCACUCGCUACCAGUCCUCCACCACCAACGUACUGUACAGCAGCAACCUUCGGGAUGACACCAAGGUCAUCCUGGAACAGAUCUCGGCCAACAGCCAGAAGAACAGGAUGGAAACUGCGAAGCAGUCUGCGGGGACUGCGGAGGAUGCCAAACAGGGUAGCGAUAGUGACAAGAAGGCAACAGAAAAGGAAGCAGACACUUCCAUCAUGUACCAAAGCAGGAACCGGUUCCAGCGGGUCCCUGGAAGCUCCCAAGAGCGGGACAGCUUGCUGAAGAGGAUCGAGAGCAUGCGCAAGGAGAAGAAAGUCUACAGCCGCUUUGAGAUGGGGAAUAACCUUGGAUAACAAAGAAUGAGGAAACCUGUCCACACGCUUCUGAAAAGACAGCACUUUCCCCACCUCCACCCAUACUGGCUUUUUGGGCAGGAAUAUCCGUCACUCACACCAUUUGAAAUAGCCAUUGCUCUGGAUCCUGUAACCAGCAAUCUUAAAAAAGACAAUGCAUGGAUUUUUCUGAGCACGCACUGCAAUUAACAGUGCCAAAGCGAAUCCAUAUCAGUAUGCCAGACCUACUGCUAUUAGGAAAUUCUGUUUUUUGAAAGGAAUGUGAACAAGACUGUAUCCCUGCACUAAGUUGUAUAUUUGGAGGAUACUGCAGUGGUACUCCUAGCAAUUUUUUUCCCCCACAUACUUUUUGGUGGAUUAUGAUUUGGUGAACAAAGAAAUCAACUACCUUAUGAAAAGGGAAGCACACAGGCUUGGGUGCAAACACAACGGAUGAAAAGCAGCAUAUGUUCAUCAUCUUGAUGUACUUAGUUUUGAGCUGCGCCGGACAAUAGCAACUGAACAAGCAUCAGCUGACAGACAUGCUUGUGCUACCCUGGCUCUCCAGAGUACCACUGUGGUACUGAAUGCGCAAACACAUAUGGGCAUUUCCAGACUGUGGGUUUAAUAACAGGGUGCCAUUGGGCCGUUACUGUACACAAACACAAACCCAAGGAGGACAGCUCCAGAAAGAACUCUGCCGCCAGCUCCACCAGUGGAGCUGAACUAAAGCGAACUUGGAGACGGAAAGAGAAAGAGAGAACGUCAGAGGCAAAGAGAUGAAGUCGGAGAGAGAAAAAGUAAGAAUAGCAGGAAGUAAAGAAGGAUGAAGACAGAGUUAAGUAGAAACAAAGAAUCAGAAAGAGUGUUUCUUGUCAGAUAAAGGGUACUGUAAAGAGAUGAAGAGUAUUGUGUCCAUGAUUAGACUUGAUUAAAGAGUUAUUAGAACAUGCACACAAGAUAAGAUGAUCAAGAGUAUGUGCACGGUAAGCAAAGUACAUAGUUCAUUUGUCAUGGUGACUCAGGGAACAUGUGCAAGAACGUUGGAGCAUACCUAAUGAACCUCUUUUGUAAGUAUGUGUAAGUAUUUUAAGGGAUAUUUCCACGUUUAUACACAACCAUUUAAAAUAUAAAGUUAUCUGUCAUUGUUUGGGGAGGGGAAUGUUUUUAUAUAAGGGAAGAAUGUGAAGAUUCAUUUUAUAUCACAGCUUUUAGUUAAUGGCUAAAGAGUCUAAAAAGGUUGGGCUUCUACAGUGCCUUUUGUGUGUUUUUAACAUUUUUGUGUAUAUACAGUAGUAGGCUUUUAUGAAAAUAAUUGGAUUAUGGGGAUUCUGCACACUGGGAAAGGUGCUCUCUUUCACGGCAUGUUUUGUUCUGGUUUUUACUUUAUUUUUCCUGUACUGUAUUAGCAUGUUUAUGUUAACUUGUUGCGUGCCUAAAAUGUGAGGUUUUACCAUCAUUGGCACAUGCCAUUUGCUUAUGAGGAACCCAAAGAUACAUCUCAAAGGUAAGCAGGCAGAUGGAAAAAAACAGUGUGAACAUUGAUGCUAGUGUUAUUUACCAUGUUUCAUACAUAACACCUCACACUCUCUUGACGCAGUGUCCUUUUUCCAUGGUAUUUGAGCAUCUGGCACAGAGUGACCUUCCUCUACCAGUGAAUGUAGUUCCACAAUUAAAACAUUAAAACAAAGACAUCUGUUGCUAGCAUCUAAUGCCCUGUGAGUUACCCUGCAUAAGGGUGUCUGCCAAAUAAGUAAUAAUCAUAGCAGUGACAUAACACAUAUUUUGGCAUACAAUUUUUUUUUUGUAGAGUUUGACAUGUUGACAUUUAUAUUCAUUUUCUCCUGAUGGUCUGUCAGAGAGUCAGUGCACAGAAAGUAUUUCUCAUUUAACUAGUUUUGCCCCAGGUCUCCACUGGCGCUCAAUCAAUGCAAGUGGUAAAUGUUUUGCGUGUCAACUCAAAAGGGAAAAGGCUUAUUCGUACAGAGUGAAUCGAGUCUGUAGCCAGUGGUGAGAAACAGGAUCGCAACAACUCACCACGAGAAAAGGAACGAAGGAAGAAUGUUUUGUGUAGUAUAAAGCCAAUUCCUUAUCUUCUAGAUGCUCUGCAAUUGAUAAGGAUAUCAAAAACCACAUCUUUACAAACCGAUUUUUUUUAUUCUAGAGUAAGUGGAGUAACAGUGUGAUUAAAAGUGUGAGGAGGGUUUAAAAGAUACAAUUCCAAACUCCUCAGGUCAACAUUACCAUUGUUGCCUUGGUGAACAACACAACUAUUCUGUCUCAAUAUUUGUAAUAAAUCUUUUCUUUUA